AUGAAGAUCAAUUUUAUAACAUGGAAUGUAAGGGGAUUAAAUGACAAGAAGAAAAGGGAGAUCAUAAAGAGUCAAGAGUACAAUUGGAAGGCAGACAUUAUUUGUCUGGAAGAGACAAAAUUGGAGGGGGAAAUCAAAGAAAUUGUCAGUCAAAUUUGGGGUGGGAGAUGGGUGAGGUAUGCAUGUUUAGAAGCUAGUGGCACGAGAGGGGGAAUUUUGUUACUAUGGGAUUGCAGAGUAUGGAAAGGGGAGGUGUUACAGAUUGGUGCAUACACUUUGACAUGCAAGUUCGAGGCUCUUUUACAGAACUUCCAAUGUCAUAUAACAGGGGUAUAUGCUCCUAAUUGCAGAAUAGAAAGAAGAACAGUAUGGAGGGAAAUUGGUGCAGUGAGGGGCCUGAUGGAAGGCCCUUGGGAAGUUUGUGGUGACUUUAAUGUCACAAGGUACCCCUCUGAAAAACGGAACUGCUCGAGGAGGUCCAGUGAGAUGGUGGAAUUCUCAAAUUUUAUAGAAGACAUGGAGUUGAUAGAUCUUCAACUCGAAGGAGGCUCCUACACUUGGUUCAAAUGGGAUAAUCAUACCACUGCUUCAAGAAUUGACAGAUUUCUAAUUUCAGAAGAAUGGGAUGAUAGCUUCAGAAAUAUCUAG